GCUGCCCGGGCACGAUGGAGCAGCACGGAAAGCGGUCGGGGCCGGCGGCUCGGCUGGACGCCAUCCUCCGGCACCUCUCCCCGCGGCUGGGAGCAGCCCCUGCUCCUACAAGCGUUCCUACUUCAGCCGAAGUUAGUGCUGUUCCUCAGCCGGGGAGGUUUUGCUAUACCCUGGACAACAACAUCCUCACCACAGAGCAAAGGCAGUUCUACGAAGACAACGGGUAUCUGCUCGUUAAGAAGCUCAUUUCUGAUGAAGACAUUGAGCGCUUCAGGAAGGAGUUUGUGAGGAUCUGUAAAAAAGAGGUGAACCUACCGGGAGCUAUGAUUAUGAAAGACGAGUCCCUGAGAUCCCAGUAUGGCCAGUCUGAAAAAGUAGUUAAUAAAGUGCAGGACUUCCAGGAAGAUGAAGAGUUGUUCAGAUACUGUACUCUGCCAGAGGUCCUCAAAUAUGUUGAGUGCUUCACAGGGCCAAACAUCAUGGCAGUGCAUACCAUGCUGAUAAAUAAACUUCCAGAUUCUGAUAAACAGACUUUUCUCCACCCCAUGCAUCAGGACUUGCACUAUUUCCCUUUCCGGCCUGCGGCCCGCAUCGUUUGCUCCUGGACCGCCAUGGAGAGGGCCGACCAGGACAAUGGCUGCCUGGUCGUGCAGCCAGGGACACACAAGGAGCCCCUGAAGCCUCACGGCUAUCCAAAGAGGGAGGGUAAAGGCAACAAACUUUUCCAUGGGCUGCUUGAUGAGGAUGAGAAGAGUCCCAGGGUUCACCUUGUCAUGGAGAAGGGAGACACAGUGUUCUUCCAUCCCCUGCUCAUUCAUGGCUCUGGGAUAAACAAGACAUCAGGUUUCCGAAAGAGUAUAAGCUGUCACUUUGCCAGCUCAGAGUGCUACUACAUUGAUGUCAAGAACACAACGCAAGAGCACCUGGAGAAAGAAAUAGUAGAAAUGAUUCGCAAGAAAUACAACAUGCCUUCUGUGGAACUCAGGGAUAUUUGGAACCUCCGAGCACGGCUUGUACAAGGGGAAAGAAUUAACCUGUAGAACAACCUCUGAAGAGGAGGAUGGAAAACAUGUGCCUGAGAAUGAGCUUCUCUGAUCGGAAAGUGCAGACCCUGCCUCGGCAGGCAGAAUUAUGUGUGCUUUGUUGACCUCUGUAUUGGUAACUUAGCCAAAUGCUGCAUCGCAAAAUCGUUUUAUGCUAAUACAAAAUAAUUGCACUUAGGUUGAACAGCCGAUGUAUGUCAAAAAAAACCUAGCCUAGAAAAAUAGCGAUUUGCUGUGGUUAUCUUAGACAAUCGAAGAAUUAAGGUCUUGAAAGAACACUUUGAUUUUCUUGAUGUUUUCAGUCUGUUUUUUAAAAGUUUCUCACAUGACAUACCUUUGGAAUUAUGCUAUACUAACAUAAGAUUUUAUGCAAGAAGUUAGGCAAGGGUAUGUUUUUUAACGUUUCCAACUUCCUUUUCUAUGCAAAAGAAAUAAAAUUAAUCAGAGUUUCACACAAGCCCUCAGUAUGAGCUCACAUGGGAAGUUAUUAGUACAGCUGAUGAAGAUGGGGAUAACUGGUACCAGCAGAAGCGACGGUGUAAGGAACUGGAUAAAGGGGAAGCAGCAACCACUCACAGACAUAAGAAAAUGAGAUUGAUGGGCUGGAACAUGAUGGCUAGUAGAGUUCCUCAAACAUGACCUGGUGUGGCAUCGUAUCUUACCAAGCAGCGCUGGGACAAGUGAAAUAUGUGGCUGACAGGGCUGGGAGCUAGUGGGCCAGCAAACCAGGCUGCUGUUGGCCUUGCACAACCGAUCCAAGGCUGUGUGAAAUGAGGGAGUCCUCCUUUGAGUCUGGUGGGUCUGGGAAAAGGUGCCUCUUGGUGCUGCCAGUCGGGGAGGUGGUUGGGUGCUCCUCAGGAUGCACUGGUGGCAGGGUGGAGCGACGUGCACUGAAAUGAUCCUCUCGCCUUUCACAAUGUUUUUCCUUGCUUUCGGAAAGAUUCUUUUGCUUUCAGAAUCUAUUUUUUUGAAAUACAGAUUAAAUCAGAGCAAAACUGCA